GCAGAGCCCCUCACGCACCCCUGUCCCCUCCGCAGGGCCACGGGGCGGGUGCCCUGCCGGACGCUUUGUGGGCACGAAGCUGGAAACGCCUCCUCUCCCACCUGGGUGGGACUCUGGAGCAGGCCCUGGGCCCCCGAAGCCCCCCAAAGGGAGAGCUGGCGCAGGGGGAUGAGGAGACCCCCGAGAGGGCGGGGGAGGCGUGGCCAGCGGCCCCCCACGCCUCGCUCUUCCUGCCCGAGUUUCCCGUCCAGCCUCCACUGCAGCAGCAACUCAAGAUUCUGGGCUUCCUGUCCAAGGGAGCCUUUGGCACCGUCCUGAAAGUGCUGGACAGCUCCCAGGCGAAAGUCUUUGCGCUGAAGGUGGUGCCCAAAAUGGAGGUGCUGCGCAGGGACAGCGUGAGGCAGUGCAAAGAGGAGGUCAGCAUCCAGAGGCAGGUGCACCACCCGUUCCUCCACUGUUUAGGAGAGAGCUGGCAGGGGAAGCACCAUCUCUUCAUUAUGUGCGGCUACUGCAGCUCCGGCGACCUCUUCACACUUUGGAAAUCGUCGGGACCCUUGGCCGAAGGCGCCCUCCGACUCUUCGCCACGGAGCUGGUGCUGGUGUUGGCCUAUCUUCACAACCAGGGUAUCGUGCACAGGGACAUCAAGAUGGAAAACAUCCUUUUGGAUGAACAAGGUCACCUGAAGCUGGCCGAUUUCGGCCUCUCGCGGCAUCUGCCGUGGGGCAGGCGAGCCUUCACCAUCUGUGGGACCCUCCAGUACAUGGCCCCAGAAGUGCUGAGCGGUGGUCCGUAUGCGCACGCCGCCGAGUGGUGGUCCCUGGGGGUGCUGCUGUUUGCGAUGGCCACUGGGCAGUUCCCCGUCCCCCCGGAGCGAGACCACCUGGCCAUGCUGCGGAGUGUGAAACGCAGCGCCUACACCAUCCCGGCUGGGCUCAGCCGGGGCCUCCGUCUCCUGCUCAGCGAGCUCCUGUGGCAGGACCCUCAGCGCCGCCCCUGCCGUCUCCACCACUUCCGCGCCCACCUCUUCUUCCGCGGCAUGAGCUUCGACGCCGACACCCUCAGGAAGCAACCGGCAGAUUUCGCCCUGGGCUGGCAGCAACUCCAGAGGCCUCCCGCAGACCCCGCUGCCUUCUUGGAGUUUGACUGUGAUCUGGGGGGGCGCUGA